CCUCCUCCUCUCCCCCCCAUAAUAAACUAACCAUCUCUAUUCUUCUUCUGCACCACCAUCGCCAGCAGCAAUUUCCCUUUCUUUUUCCUUUCCUUCCUUUGCUCUUUUCUUUGCUUGCGAGUUGCGACAGUGACGGAGAGAGAGAGAGAGAGUACUGUAGCAAAGAGAAUCGGUGAGAGAGUGAGAGCGGCAAAGACAAAAGGCGGCGAGGGCGAAACCCCCAAGAAUCAAGGCAAGAGGGGAAGCUUUGCAUUUGCCCGGCCGACUCUCUUCUUGGUUCUUGGUUGUGGCGUCGGCGUCUCCGUGUUGUUUGGGCUGGCCACCGUUGCUCGCCGUUCUUGGGGGCAGGCAAACGGCACCGGCGGUAUGGAGGCAUUGGGAGAUAUGGAGGGGGAGGAGGGGCAGCGGCGGCAGCAGCAGAUACGGGUGGUGCGGUGCCCCAAGUGCGAGAAGUUCUUGCCGGAGCUCCCCAACUACUCCGUCUACGUCUGCGGCGGAUGCGGCGCCACUCUCCAAGCAAAGAAGAACUCAGCAUCUGAGAAUUCCUCAGAGAAAUCUGAUGGUGGACAUGUGAAGUACCUUGAAGUGCUGGAGAGUUCACCAGAUAACAAAGGAGCUGCAUCUAAAGACACUUGUGAGGCUGCCCAAGAAGGAGAAGCCAAAAAUGGAGAAGCUAAAGCAGAAGAGAGACAGGUACUUCUUGACAGAAUGGCAGCUUGUGAUGAUAGCCGAAUUCCAAGAGAACCAAAUGCCUUGAAGCUUGAGGCUUCACUUAGAGAUGACAGCAGGGAAAUUCGGGAGGCCAAGUACCGGCGCAUCCGCAGUGAGGACAAAGGAGAAGCAAAACACACAGUGAGAGCCAGAGACAGAUCGCCAAGAUCAGUUGUUGAUGCCAUCCCUCCGAAUGCAUAUCCUGCAGAAGGCCCGUCUGACUACCAUAUUAAGUCAAGAUUCAGACAUACCAAUGGUGAGCAAGCUGAUAUGAGAAAUUUGGAGGGCCUAAACAGAGUCAAUGGUCUUGAAAAAGACCGUGCUGAUCUGUUACGGAUGCUUGAUGAGCUGAGGGAUCAGGUGCAGAGAUCCUGUGAGAUCACCAACAAGCCAAGUGGAAGUACUUCUACAGAUAAAGCGGUGGAUGCCUCAGGGUUAUAUAAUCCUCGUGAGCGGUUGAGUCGGUUACGACAUGGUUCACCUCAGUUGCAGCGGAGUGGUUCUCAGCAGUCACCAUCCUUGAAUGGGCAAGCUCCUUGCAUUCCGCAAGCUUAUGCUCCAGGAACUGCUCAGCAAGAUCUUCAUGGAUACGGGGAGCCAAUGGCACACAUGGGGGCUCCAAGCUAUCCUGUUGGCACAUAUCCAUGGAGAAAUUUUGAUAAUUAUUUUUAUGGACAGUAUGAUCCUGACCCUCUGAUCUCUUACCACCAUGAUGGCUUCUACCAUCAGCCUGCCUGUUCUUGUCUACAUUGCUACCACCGUGAGUUCUUACCUGUUCAGGGGCCUCCUCUGGGUUUCAACCAUCGCAGGGUACCACCGUAUGUUAUGAAUAAUCCUAGAGUUUACCCGGUUGAUGGUCCUGCAAUGUUUGGCACACAGAAUUACAAUUCAAGAGUCAACGCUUCAAUGCAGCGCAAUCACAUGAGGGCCGCUAUGAGUAAAAAACCUGCACAGACUUGUGAACCGAUUGCAUGUGGUGCCCCAUUCACUAUAUGCUACAACUGCUAUGAAGUACUGCAACUUCCGAAGAAAUCCCCCGUGCCAGGGAAGGAUGAGUACAAAUUACGUUGCGGGUCAUGCUCACAUGCGCUUGUGGUCAAGCUUGAUGGAAGCAGGCUUGAUGUUUCAGCACCUUCACCUAUUUCACACAUAUCUGGCGGCAGCAAAAUUAGUUCCAAUGAUGGCCAAGGAAGCAAUGCGAAUUCUGCUCCACAUGAGAGGGUGCUUCCACUUUAUAGUUUUUCUGCAGCAAGUCAUGGUUCUCAAGACCUACCCUCGAACUCAAGUGAAGCUGAAAAAAUGCAAGGGAUAUCGUCUUCUUGCAGCAUUUCUGAAGAUGAGAACAGCCCUGCGAGAUCUAAUUCCCAGAGGGACACCCCUGGGUCUAGGGAUCUUCAUCCUGAAGCUGAGGUGUCUACCCGUGUUCCAAGUUUACAUCUUCGUGAUCAUUUUGGAUACUCGCCAUCUGAGAAGGUAGUUGAUGGAUCAGGGAAAGGAAGCAGAAGUACUCGAUCUGAACAUGAGAAGGCUGUGUUGACAGAAAGUUUCAAGCAGAACACUGUAAAAGAUGUAUCAGUAGUGAACAUAAUGGACUUGUCGGAUGAUGAGUAUGAUGAUCCUGACUACAUGCAAGAUCGAGGUGAUGUGGCACAACCUGUAGAUCACCCUCGGGCCGUGAAAACGGGUGAUUCAUUUUUCACCAAUCUCAUAAAGAAGAGCUUCAAAAUUAACAACGGAAUGGGCAAUGGCAGAGCAAAGGUUUUCAUUAAUGGCUAUCCCAUCUCUGAUCGGGCGGUCAGGAAGGCUGAGAAGAUAGCUGGACCAAUCUAUCCUGGUGAAUACUGGUAUGAUUACCGUGCUGGUUUCUGGGGUGUAAUGGGACAGUCUUGCCUCGGCAUGAUACCGCCAUAUAUUCCAGAACUCAAUUAUCCUAUGCCCAAGAAAUGCGCUGCUGGAAAUACAGGUGUAUUUGUUAAUGGGAGAGAACUUCACCAGAAGGAUUUGGAUUUACUUGUGGGUCGAGGACUCCCAGAUUCUCCCGGUAGAUCAUACAGAGUUGAGAUGUCCGGUAAAGUGUCGGAUGAAGUCUCUGGUGAGGAGCUGUAUUGUCUCGGCAAACUUGCACCAACCGUCGAGAAAAUGAAGCGCGGAUUUGGCAUGAGAGUCCCCAGAAUCAUCCCUUGAGAUCAGUGAUUCUUCGGCACAACUGUAGAAUUCAAGACCCCAUUUUGGAUGCUGUUUCGGUUCUUCUGCGAAAUGCUUUGAUGCUUGUUGGUUGUUGAUUGUCCAGCCGUCUGUUUGCGUGGUCUCAUGAUCUGAGAUGUAUAAUCUGUGGUUGCUUUGACUGGUGCUUGUCUGAAAAAUUAUCCAAUGGAAAUUUUGCAAUGUGAAGUUUGUUUUGUGCUAUGAAACCGGGCCAUGCUGGAAGUAUAUAUAAAAAAUGUCAAUUGGUUUUUGACCAGUUAAAUUUGGCCAAACUUUA